UAGAUAUAUGAUGGAAGAAAUGUCAAUUGGAAGGACUGGGUGUAUUUCUUAAAUUUGGGAUGUAUAAUACUUUUUUUUUUUAUCUUGGUAACUGUUAUUCCAUUAAAAAAAAACUUGGCUGCAUCAUUGAAUUACUUUGAUUUACAGUUUUUCAUUGUAAGCUUUAAAAGAUAGUCAAUGACAGUUCUUUCCCUUUUGAUUUUAGACACAUUAAUGUAUAAAACAUUUAUGAAUAAUUAAGAGGCAUACCAGUAAAUUAAUGAUGAAAAAUAUCUCUUAAUGCAGAUAUGCAAGAAAAGCACACAGUUCCAAGGAUAUGAACAGCAAGAUGCCCACGAACUCCUCCGCUGCCUCCUGGAUGCUAUACGUAAUGAGGAAAUCCUACGAUCAAAGAGGGCCAUUCUCAAGGCCUUUGCUCUCUCGGAGAAGACUGACCCUAACACUGUGAGUCCACGGCUCAAGACCAUGAUCAAGGGCUAUGGCAAGCAGGCAACUCACACCUUGGUUGAUCACAUCUUUGGAGGACAUCUCAUUAGCACAGUCUUCUGUGAAGAGUGCCAUUGGUCAUCGCAAGUGUUUGAGCCAUUUAUGGAUCUUUCUCUCCCCAUUAAUGAAGAGAAAGGUAAACCAAAGAAGGCAUCACCUUCGGAUGAUGAAAGCUUACUGGAUUGCUUUGGGAGACAGUCCAGCAACAACAAUGUUUCCAAGCACCGCUCGUAAGACAAAGGGACGCGCCAAAGGAGGGGGCCUUGCACCGGCUUGCAUUCGUGCAAACACUGAAGACCAGGAGGAAGAACAAAGCAAAAAGACGGUACAAAGUGAGAAGAUGAAGAGGCGAAUGACUGAGAAACGACGUCCAGAAGACCUAGAGGAAAUCACAAAAGUGGAGGAAGAGCAGAAGGCCAAGGCAGGGAAGACUACUGGUAUUUUGAGAGGAGAAAGUUUCAAGUUCAGACAGCUGAUGGAAGCGAGAAGAAUCAAUAGACAGUAGCGGGGAACAAAAAUAAUACGGCUGAGGGGAGUGCGGAAGGUAACACAAAGAGAGAGACUGAGGAGGCAAAAGAAAAGACAGAUAAGUGCAAAGAUGAUAAGGGAUUAUCCAAAGCUGCUGAUGAAGAAGAAAGUGAAGAGGAA